AUGACAGACGCGAAGCCCCCCACGCUGCUCAUCGUCAUGGGCACCUCCGGCUCUGGCAAAUCCACGGUCGGUUCGUCACUGUCCACCUACCUCAAUUGCCCAUUCGUAGACGGGGACGACCUGCACCCUGCUUCCAAUGUUGCAAAAAUGUCAUCUGGGCAACCGCUCAAUGAUACCGACCGCGAGCCGUGGCUUCUCCGGAUCCGACGAACGGGCCUCGAGCUGGCGCUGACGCAAAAGAUCCCGGACGGCAUCAAGGGGAGUGACGGGGAGAUGCGUAAGCUGGCCGAAGUAUACGAGACGUCUACCCAAACGAAGGAUGCACACCACACGACGACGCAAACCGGCGAUGCGGAAGAAGUGCAGGGAUCGAAGAGCAAGAUUGCCGUGAUCGCCUGUUCAUCUCUCAAACUCGUCUACCGCCGCCUGCUGCGUGGAUCCAUCAGCUCGCUAGCCGACCCCAAAGCGGCGGAACCAGAAGCAGAUGCGACUACACCAACCGAUCUCCGAGUCGUACACGUCUACUUGGAUCUCAGCAGGGAAUUGUUGGAAAAGCGAAUGGCCGGCAGGAAGGGCCACUUCAUGAAGCUCGACAUGCUUUAUAGCCAAUUGGAUACGCUACAGGUGCCCGACGAGGAGGCGGAGGUCGGGGUGGUGAGGGUCAAGGUGGAGGAGGAUACGACCGAGGACGAGGUCGUGAGUAGGGUCAUGGAGGGAUUGCGGAGGAAGGGCGUCAUCUGA